AUGAUCCUCUUUUCGCACGUCCCCCUGCGACUUUCUGCGGCCCGCUGGCGAUCACCUCCGUCGCCGAUCCCAACCGAUCCGCACCUUGCACUAACCUCUGGUUUCUCGCGGCAAAUAAGCACGCGCCUCUCUCAGUCUACCACAGUAGCAGCUGCUGCAGGUCGACCGAGUGCCGGCAAUUCCGCCGCAUCUUCAGGGAACGCACGAAAAAGUGCUGCUAGCGAAGGUGACAGCCAGCCUCCCCGCGUUAAACCCUCCGCCCGCCUUCGGCCGCAAGCCGUUACUUCCGCUUCAGCCGACUCUCACGCUACCCCCAAUGCCAAGCCCGCGACCCGCCGGCGAACGCGCACACCUGCUGCUGGUGCUGCUUCCGGCGUGCCUGUAGCGGAUGUGCCAGUAACGGGCGUCGGUGCUGUUACCGCGGAGGGCGCGACUGUAGCGGGCCCAGCAGCGUCCGCGGAAGCACCCGCGGGGGCACAGGCGGAAGGGGAAGGGGAAGAGGCGCAAGGAGCGCGGGGCGGCGGGGCGAUCCACGUGAUCACGGGGCCGAUGUUCGCGGGGAAGACGACGGCGCUGCUGGCGCGCAUGCACGCGGAGAUGGGGCGCGGCAGGUGCGUGCUGGUGGUGAAGUCAAAGGCCGACACGCGGUACGCGCGGGAUGCGGUGGUGUCGCACGACGGUGCUGCCAUGCCGUGCCUCGCAGUGCGCUCCCUGCAGGAGGUGCUGGUGCAGGAGGGGCCGCACCGAGAAGCCUACGAGCAGGCAUCGGUGAUCGGGGUGGACGAGGCGCAGUUCAUUCACGGGCUCGUGGAGUUCUCCUUGCGGGCGGCAGACCAUGACGGCAAGACACUGUUCAUCGCAGGCCUGGACGGCGACUUUCGGAG